AUGCGGCUCGCACUGUACUUCACUUUCGCCUGCUGGGCAGGAGCACAUGGUGGCUCCUUGAGAAACGUGCUGAAGUCCCUUGAGAACGAGCUGGGUUACAGGACCAUGUUGCUCCUAGAAAGUAAUUCCCAGCCCGAGUGCUGGAAGCAAAGCCACCUCCGCGACGGGGUUCCUGUUCUAAGCUUUAGGGCCAAUGAGAACGUCCACCUAAAAGAUACUUUCAACUCAAAGAUACUGGUGCUGGUCUGCCUGAACAAAGGCGAGGAAGAUACAUUGCGGUCACUGUACAGCUAUCUCGAGAACAUGCGAGACACUCCCACCAUUCUAUUCGCCUCUUCGGAAAGGCACAUAGGGGAUAUCUUCCUGGAGUGCUUCAGUGAAGGCAUGCUGAAUGUGCUGGCGUUCAAUGACUCCGGAAUGGAGUUCCUCUACAGCUUCCGCGCAUUCCCAACACUUCGAGUGAUGAAGCGCAGGGUGAGGGAGGUACGUCGGUACUUUGAGCCGCAGCUGGAGGAUCUGGGGGGCUGUGUCCUGAAGGGCGUGCCCGAUGGCAUCAUGCCGAGAACUAUGGUGUACCGAGGUGCGGAUGGGGAGCUCCAGAUGGGCGGAUAUCUGAGCCACUUCAUCCGGAACUACGUGAGCACCAUUAACGCCAGUCUGCAAAUCCGCUGGGACCUGUUCCCGGAGGACUUUGACUUCGACCUGGACACGUUCACGGGGAGCAAUCACAUCGACUUUCCUUUGGGCCUGGGCGUUCUGAGUGCCGAGACAUUGCAGCAGGACAUCGCCAUGGAGCUGUCCAGCUGGUUCCUCAUGCUGCCCAUGGAGCCCGCUCUUCCUCGAGCCCGGUUCUUCAUGAAGUUCGGCCUAUCGCUGUACCUGAUACCGGUAAUCGCGCUCCUAGUCUUGGUGCUAAGCAACGCACAUCGCUUGGAAGCAGGCUUACCUCCUAGCUGGCGUUGCUGCUCGGUGGGAAAUACGGUGCUCCGGGGAGUCCUGGCACAGCCAUUUGUCCUUCCGCAGAGGCUCUGCGCCAAACUAAUGUUCGUCUACUGGCUGCUCCUGGUGAGUGGCUUCUUCGUCAGCAACUACGUGGUGGUCUACCUCACAGCCUGGCUCGUCCAGCCCCCGAGCAGUGAUCCGGUAACAGACUUCGACCAAAUGCGCCGCGCACAGCUGAAGAUCCUUAUGGUGCCGUCGGAAGUGGAUUACUUGAAGUCCAUCAGGGGAAAGGAGUAUGUGGAGAAGCGCAGCGAUGUGUUCCAGGCAGCCGACUCCUCGGAUUUCCAGACCAAGCGGAUGUCCAUGGAGCUGCACUUCGCCUUCCCCGUGACGGGCACCUUGUGGCCACUUUUGAGGCAGGCGCAAGUCAAACUACAUCGCCCCGUCUUCCGGCAAUCCAAGGAGCUGGUCUUUCUGCCCUUCAUAAUCAUGGGCAUGACUAUGCCGAAGAACUCAAUAUUCCUCAGUUCCCUCAAACGCUAUAGGACUCGGACCAGUGAGGGCGGACUAUAUCGGCUCUGGUUCACGAAGAGUUUUUCCGAGCUGGAGGCCAUCCACAUGAUCUCCUACAAGGAGGACUGGGUUCACGACUCCUAUUCCGAUCUCAAGUGGGAGGACUUUCAGUUUGCCUGGCUUGGCUUUCUUGGCGGAACUGUGCUGGGCUGCCUGGUGUUGCUGGUCGAGAUUGGAUCUUAUCGUGCCACAACUCCGUGUGAAAAUUCCGUCAAGUUGCAGUUUAUCCCACCCAAGCAGUGUGAGCAGUCGCCCUAA